UCGCAGCGCAUUUCAAAACGAGAAAUUGAAAAAGGAAUUCAUAAGCGUGUGACUUUUUAGAGUUGUUCGUCAGAGAUAACAAUUUUAUUGAAAUUUUGUGUUUUAACAGACUAAAUUCUAGUGAUUAAAUUGACAACAUGCAGAUCUUUGUGAAGACUUUGACGGGUAAAACCAUAACACUUGAGGUUGAGCCUUCGGACACAAUUGAAAAUGUUAAAGCUAAAAUUCAGGACAAGGAGGGUAUUCCCCCAGACCAACAGCGUUUGAUCUUCGCUGGCAAGCAGCUGGAAGAUGGUCGCACACUCUCCGACUACAACAUUCAGAAAGAGUCAACCCUUCACUUGGUACUGCGUCUGCGUGGUGGCAUGCAAAUCUUUGUCAAGACUUUGACCGGUAAGACCAUCACACUCGAGGUCGAGCCUUCAGACACAAUCGAAAAUGUCAAAGCCAAAAUCCAAGAAAAAGAAGGAAUCCCACCUGAACAGCAACGACUGAUCUUCGCCGGAAAACAGCUGGAAGAUGGCCGCACACUAUCCGACUACAACAUUCAGAAGGAGUCAACCCUUCACUUAGUACUGCGUCUGCGUGGUGGCAUGCAAAUCUUUGUCAAGACCCUGACUGGAAAGACCAUUACACUCGAGGUCGAGCCUUCAGACACAAUUGAAAAUGUCAAAGCCAAAAUCCAAGACAAAGAGGGAAUCCCACCUGACCAGCAACGACUGAUCUUCGCCGGCAAGCAGCUGGAAGAUGGCCGCACACUCUCCGACUACAACAUUCAGAAGGAGUCGACCCUUCACCUGGUGUUGCGUCUGCGUGGUGGUAUGCAAAUCUUUGUCAAGACUCUGACUGGUAAGACUAUCACACUCGAGGUCGAACCUUCAGACACGAUCGAAAAUGUCAAAGCCAAAAUCCAAGACAAAGAGGGAAUCCCACCUGACCAGCAACGACUGAUAUUCGCCGGUAAACAGCUGGAAGACGGCCGCACCCUUUCUGAUUACAACAUUCAGAAGGAGUCUACUCUUCACUUGGUCCUGCGUCUGCGCGGUGGUAUGCAAAUCUUUGUCAAGACCUUGACUGGUAAAACUAUCACACUGGAAGUCGAACCUUCAGACACCAUCGAAAAUGUCAAAGCCAAAAUCCAAGAUAAAGAGGGAAUCCCACCUGACCAGCAACGACUGAUCUUCGCCGGCAAACAGCUGGAAGAUGGCCGCACACUCUCCGACUACAACAUUCAGAAGGAGUCGACUCUUCACUUGGUCCUGCGUCUGCGUGGUGGUAUGCAAAUCUUUGUCAAGACAUUGACUGGUAAAACUAUCACACUGGAAGUCGAACCCUCUGACACAAUUGAAAACGUCAAAGCCAAAAUCCAAGAUAAAGAGGGAAUCCCACCUGACCAGCAACGACUGAUAUUCGCCGGUAAACAGCUGGAAGACGGCCGCACCCUUUCUGAUUACAACAUUCAGAAGGAGUCGACUCUUCACUUGGUCCUGCGUCUGCGCGGUGGUAUGCAAAUCUUUGUCAAGACCUUGACCGGCAAGACCAUCACACUCGAGGUCGAACCUUCAGACACCAUCGAAAAUGUCAAAGCCAAAAUCCAAGACAAAGAGGGAAUCCCACCUGACCAGCAACGACUGAUCUUCGCCGGCAAACAGCUGGAAGAUGGCCGCACACUCUCCGACUACAACAUUCAGAAGGAGUCGACUCUUCACUUGGUCCUGCGUCUGCGUGGUGGUAUGCAAAUCUUUGUCAAGACAUUGACUGGUAAAACUAUCACACUGGAAGUCGAACCCUCUGACACAAUUGAAAACGUCAAAGCCAAAAUCCAAGAUAAAGAGGGAAUCCCACCUGACCAGCAACGACUGAUAUUCGCCGGUAAACAGCUGGAAGACGGCCGCACCCUUUCUGAUUACAACAUUCAGAAGGAGUCGACUCUUCACUUGGUCCUGCGUCUGCGCGGUGGUAUGCAAAUCUUUGUCAAGACCUUGACCGGCAAGACCAUCACACUCGAGGUCGAACCUUCAGACACCAUCGAAAAUGUCAAAGCCAAAAUCCAAGAUAAAGAGGGAAUCCCACCUGACCAGCAACGACUGAUCUUCGCCGGCAAACAGCUGGAAGAUGGCCGCACACUCUCCGACUACAACAUUCAGAAGGAGUCGACCCUUCACCUGGUAUUGCGUCUGCGUGGUGGUAUGCAAAUCUUUGUCAAGACCCUGACUGGUAAGACUAUCACACUCGAGGUCGAACCUUCAGACACCAUCGAAAAUGUCAAAGCCAAAAUCCAAGAAAAAGAGGGAAUCCCACCUGAUCAGCAACGACUGAUCUUUGCUGGUAAACAGCUGGAAGAUGGCCGCACACUCUCCGACUACAACAUUCAGAAGGAGUCCACCCUUCACUUGGUACUUCGUCUGCGUGGUGGUAUGCAAAUCUUUGUCAAAACUUUGACUGGAAAAACAAUAACUUUAGAAGUUGAGCCAUCAGACAGCAUCGAAAAUGUAAAAGCCAAAAUUCAAGACAAAGAGGGAAUUCCACCAGACCAACAAAGAUUGAUUUUCGCCGGCAAGCAACUAGAAGAUGGCCGCACACUUUCAGAUUAUAAUAUUCAAAAAGAAUCUACACUUCAUUUAGUUUUAAGGUUGAGAGGUGGAAUGUAAAAAACGUAUUACUGAAAUAAAUUUCUUCUGAAUGCA